CAUCGGGCUUUCUGUCGGGCCGAACGAGCCGAGCUCGGGCUGACCCAGCCCCAUUGACAGUCCUACUCGCGUGCACAAUAUGUCUGUAAUUUUGAACAUGGCACUUUAUGAAUAAUGCCUUGAUUGUAUACUUGCUUCAAAUUUUGGAACAAAAUUUUCAUUACUCCGGGUUUUCUAUGCUCAUUUAACAGGCGCAGAUUUAAGUGACACCUUGAUGGAUCGAAUGGUUCUUAAUGAGGCAAAUUUCACCAAUGCAAUCCUGGCUAGAUCAGUUCUCACCCGCAGUGAUCUUGGGGGUGCUACUAUUGAGGGUGCUGACUUUAGUGAUGCAGUGAUAGACCUUCCCCAAAAACAGGCUCUUUGCAAAUAUGCAAGUGGCACAAAUCCUAUAACAGGGAUAAGUACCAGAAAAAGUCUAGGUUGUGGAAACAGUCGAAGAAACGCCUACGGUUCCCCUUCUUCACCUCUCCUUAGUGCUCCGCCAAAGAAAUUGCUUGACCGUGAUGGAUAUUGUGAUCCAACCACCGGCCUAUGUGAUGCAAAUUAAUUAGUCUGACUCAGAACAAAUUUUUGCUGAUUUUUGGGCUUAUCAAGAAUCAACUUUGCCUGAGCAUCACUACCCCCCAAGUUUGAUGACAUUCUAGACACCUCAAAGAUUUCACAAGCAGACUUGAUACCUUAUUGCUAACGUGUUUAUGUUUCUUCUGAAGAGUUUAUUGACUUAUUUACUCGUAGUUGGCAUUAUAAUGAGAAACAACUAGCAAUUUUCUCCGUAUCAAUUGUAAUGUUGAGAAGAUAAGCAUGUGUGAAAUAUGCAUGGCCUUGCAAUUGAUCACACAUUCUGUAAGUUGCAAGGAUAAUUAUCGCCAAAGCACACUCUUUUGUCAUCU